AUGGACAAGCAACAGAAGGAAGUGACGCUAUGGAUUGAGACUGUUCUUGGAGAGAAGUUUGAGCCCGGGACAUUCCACAGUUUGUUCAAGGAUGGGGUAAGGUUUUGUAGAUUCCUCAACAAGGUUUCGCCUCUCGAUGUUAAGUAUAAGGAAUCAAAGCAGAUAUUUGUACAAAGGGAGAACAUCUGCUCGUUCAUCAAUGGCCUUAAGAAGCUUAGGAUGAACGAGUACGAGUUGUUCCAGACGAACGAUUUGUUUGAGGCAAAGGAUCUGAGGCAAGUUGUCAUUUGCUUGUAUGCACUGAGUAGGCAAUUGCAGAAGGAAAGGAUGUUUUCCGGCCCGUUUAUUGGCCCGCAUCUUGCCACGAAGUCCAAGAUUGAGUUUAGCCAGGAGGUUCUUGACAGGAGCAAGUAUGCCAUCCACCUCCAGAUGGGAUACUCAGACCCGGAGUUGUCUGAGAGAUCUGGGGGAAAGGGUGCCUCCAAUGUCAUGAAAGAUCUAAGGACAAACAGUCUUUAA